UACUGAGAGUGAGCUAUGGAUGUGAAGAAGGAUGUUGGGAAGAGGGAGGACAACAAUAUGAAUGGAGGAGGAGGAUGCGGAUUUUCCACAUCACCAUUUGCAGGCAUGUUUGAUUUCUGUGAAGGAGAAAAGAGUUCAUCUUUAGGGUUUAUGGAGCUUUUGGGGGUUGGGGUUGGACAGGACUAUUGUCCCACUUCCCUGUUUGAUUAUUUGCCGCAAACACCAUCCACAGUCCUGCCUUCAUUAGUUUCCACAAUGGGAGGAAAAGACCAAUUGUCUGCUGACUACUCCUCUUUGAAUCAGCAGCCUGCAACACCAAACUCUUCGUCGAUUUCGUCGGAAUCAAGCGAGGCAGUGAACGAAGAACACACUGAUCAUAAAGCUGCCGCAGACCAAGAGGAAAAUAAUGAAGAAGAAGAACAUGAUGAGCAAAAAAAGACCAAGAAAGAGUUGAAAGGCAAGAAGGCGAGUCAGAAGAGGCAGAGAGAGCCCAGGUUUGCAUUCAUGACAAAGAGCGAAGUUGAUCAUCUGGAAGAUGGCUACAGAUGGAGAAAGUACGGCCAGAAAGCGGUCAAAAAUAGCCCCUUUCCCAGGAGUUACUAUCGGUGCACAAGUGCAUCAUGUAACGUGAAGAAACGAGUGGAGCGAUCUUUCGACGAUCCGAGCAUUGUUGUGACUACUUAUGAAGGCCAACACACUCAUCCGAGCCCACUCUUGCCUCGCCCAACUCACACUUCAGCUUCUGCUUCUCCUUUUGCACCUAAUAAUUUUGCCAUGCCAUUAAUCCCCACAAGAACCCUAUUUCCUCAUCACUAUCAACAAGUAGAGCCGUUUGCAGAUAACUCCUCUCCGCCUUCAUCAGCACCUUUUAAUUUUGGUAAUUAUCAUGCGAACGGCUCUUCGUCGUCUCUUACAAAUGCUACUAGUACCACUACCCGCCUUGUUCAUCCCGAAAGGCGGUUUUGCUCUCCGGCAACCGGUUCUGCUUUGUUAGCUGACCAUGGCCUUCUUCAAGACAUAGUCCCCUCUCAUAUGCUUAAGCAAGAGCAGUAGAUUUAUGCUCACUGCCCUUGUAUUUAUAUAUAUAGACAUAUAGAUAUGGAUAUUAUCAUCAUGAGAUAGUGAGAUCCUCCCAUUAGAGCUACUUAAUUAUGUACUAAUUUAGCUUGCUUACUGACUUUCUGUGUUAAGAUGGUGAUCCAGAUGAUGAUUAUGUUUUGUAAUAUGGAUGGAACAUGGACUUUUGAAUCCAAUGCAGGUACUACUAGGCAGUAGCUAGUUAACCUCUUUUUCUUUA